GCUGAAGUUCUUUUCUCUUCCCUCCUGUUAAAAUCAAAUCACAAACUUACGGUUGGAAAGAAAAAUGGAGAAACUAAAGAAGGUCUCACCUUUCAGACUCCCAACUCUCCUCCGCCUCGAGAAAGACCCCAAAUUGGCCCUCCAACUCUUCCUAAACCCCAACCCCAAUCCAAACCCUAACCCUAAUCCCAAACCCAAACCCUUCCGUUACUCUCUCCUCUCCUACGACCUUAUCAUCACCAAGCUCGGCCGAGCCAAGAUGUUCGACGAAAUGGAACAAAUAAUCGAACAAUUGAAGCUUGAGACUCGGUUCGUUCCUAAAGAAAUAAUUUUCUGCAACAUCAUAACCUUUUAUGGCCGUGCUCGCUUGGUAGACCGAGCUCUCCAAACCUUUGAUCGAAUGACGUCUUUUCGAUGCAAAAGAACCAUAAAAUCUUUUAACACCCUCUUGAAUGCUCUCCUAGUAUGUAGAGAAAUUGGGAAAAUGAGAGAAUUUUUUGUGGGUAUUGAUGAAUAUGCAGCCCCAGAUGCGUGUACUUAUAAUAUAUUGAUUCACGCUUGUUGUUCGAGUAAUGAUUUGGAUAAUGCCCGGAAUGUGUUCGAUGAAAUGCGUAAAAAGGGGAUUUUGCCCAAUGCGGUGACGUUUGGGACUUUGAUAAAGGCGCUUUGUGAAAAUUCAAAGUUAGAUGAAGCUUUUAGGUUGAAAGAGGACAUGGUGAGAGUUUUCGAUGUCAAACCCAGUGCUUCUGUUUAUGCAUCACUAAUUAAAGGGCUCUGCAAGGUAAAUGAGUGGAGUUCGGCUUUUAAGCUUAAGGAUGAGAUGUUGGAAAAUAAACUAGACUUGGAUUCGAUGAUUUAUUCCACUUUAAUCAGUGCGCUUUUCAAGGUUGGUCGGAAGGGGGAGGCUUUUGAGAUGUUGGAGGAGAUGAAGAAAAAUGGGUGCAAACUUGAUACUGUAACUUAUAAUGCAUUGAUCUAUGGGUUCUGUAAAGAGAAGGAUUUUGAUUCAGCUUUUGGUGUUCUAAAUGAGAUGGAGGAGAAGGGGUGUAAACCGGAUGUCAUUAGUUAUAAUAUAAUUAUUGGUGGGUUUUGUAGGGAGGAGAAACUGAGAGAAGCAAAUGAAUUGUUUGAAGAUAUGCCGAGGCGGAGGUGUGCUCCAGAUGUAGUAACCUACAGGAUGCUCUUUGAUGCGCUAUGCAGUGGGAUGCAGUUCAAGGAAGCGGCAGUUAUUUUGGAGGAGAUGAUUUUCAAAGGUUAUGCUCCUCGUGCUGAAAGUAUAAAUAAAUUUGCGCAUAGGUUGUUUCAAGAAGGGGAUAUGAAGUUGUUCUUCAGAGUUUUAGAUAGUUUGGCAGAAGGAAGUUUUCUUGAUGUUGGUACAUGGAGGAUUGUGAUCCCUGCAGUGUGCAAGAAAGAUAAGAUGCCCAAUGCCUCUGAGCUUUUUGAUACUUUGUUAAUGGCAUAAAGUGGUGAUCUGCCAAUUAGAUUAAGUUGGUUGUGUAUAGCUAUUGGCAGACUUUUACUGUGUUGAAGUUCAUUAUCAUGCAUUGGUAUGCAUCUUUAAACCUAUCCUUAUGUUCUUGCUGCUUGAAAUUUGGGUGCUAUAGACUUAGACAUGGUGAUGUUCUUGAGUGAAGCACCUUUGGAACCACAGGAGAAUGUGGUGCUGAUAGUCCGAUACAUGAUCCAUCAGAGUUACAUAAAUUACUGGCUAUUACUUCAAGACCACAUACAAAGGAAUAAUCUUUUAUUUGAAGUUAGCACCUUCUCUUUCUGCUGGCCUUACUAUUACUAGAGCAUGCUAUUUUUAUGUACCAUUCCAGAAAAGAACAUUGUCAGGAUAAAGGGUUGUAGAAUGUAGAAGACGAAAAAGGAGAUGAAUUUUGGGAAAUGGGAUGAAUUCAUGGAACACUUGGGUUCUAAUGUAACACAAGGGAAAGGAAUAAUUUCUAGCAUGGUCAAUGACCUUAGGCAGCCUUCACCAUUUUAAUCUACUAAAUUUGAUUGGGCAUUUUGGUGAGAUUUUGAUUAGGCUCCUCCUUUGUGACUACAUGUGUAAGGGGUCUUUGUCUAAAUUGAUGGUUCACCAAAGAAGCACCAACACUUAGUUGGGAGACUAGGUGGAAGAAAUCCUUGCUUAGCUAAGGGAAUCUAAAAUCUUCAUGUGCAUUUCGGUACAAAUGUACUUCAGUUUAAUAUUGAGGCCCAUAAUAUCCCCUAAUUGGGGUUUUGGACAUCUGAGUUUCUGAUUUUGUACAAGUGAAAUUGAUUGAGUAGAAUUUGAAGUCGCGGUUACAGACUGUAUCAAAGGGAAGUUCAGGGUCUAUUCCCAAUUGAUGAAGGGCAAUGAUACUUACAGCUUUGGUGUUGAGAUCCUGGAAAUCUCGAGCGCAGAAGAAUUUGGACUCCUCUCAGGUGUCUAUCUAAUUGUUAUGCCAUAAAGAUGUGUUGUGCCAUCUCAUGACUAUAGUAUGGAAGGCCAUCUGUGUCAACAGCAGCAAAGGCUUUAGAGGGUCUAGUAUAUUUUGAACCUGUCACCGAGGUAGCUUCUUAACUAUCUGCCAUUCACAAACUCAUGGUGAAACCAAUCCACUUGUUUCAGCUCUUGCAGUGGCAUCAAUCUGGUUAGAGGAUCUUGGUGACAAGUAUGUGAUGUUGUAAGCUUUUUUGUAUAAAAAAAAUUGUAAUGGGAGGAUUAUGCAUUUCUCUGAAGAGAUUAUUUUGACCAAAUAGUUCUACAUUACAAUUCAAUAAUUUUAUUAAAAUCUACUGAAUCAUUUACAUUAGAAAUGUCAACUUUUUCUUAGUUUUUAGUACAUACAUGUUCAUUACAUGUGCAGCAAUGUUUACAACGCCUUGUAAUAAAUUUCAGAUCAAUUCUUAUGGCA